AUGGCAUUCGCUGGAAUUCUGAAAGACGCUGACGUCACGCCAGCCCUCGCCGCUUGCCAAGCUGCCGACUCCUUCAACUACAAGCAGUUCUUCGCCAAGGUCGGUCUGGCCGGCAAGUCCGCCGACGACAUCAAGAAGGCUUUUCACGUCAUUGACCAGGACAAGAGCGGCUUCAUCGAGGAGGACGAACUCAAGCUUUUCCUCCAGAACUUCUCUGCUAGUGCCCGAAGUUUGACCGACAAAGAGACCAAAGCGUUCCUCGUGGCCGGCGACGCCGACGGCGACGGCAAGAUCGGAGUCGAGGAGUUUAUCUCUUUGGUCAAACGUUAA